UCAAUAUGGAUACCACGCGCAAUGUUGACAGUUGUGAAUGGGAGUGAUAUGAAAUUGUUGUUGAUAGUGUAUUUGUUUAUGCACACAUAUGCCUUAAAGCAGUAAACACUCGUAUAUCGAAACUGAUGUGCUGCGAAAUGUCGGCGAAGAAUCCACCCAGUAUAUUGUGAUUUCGCUAGUAGGACUAGAAAUUUUGUGCUUUAUGUAGUUACCCAACUAAAAUGAAUGCUUACCGGACGAAUAGUGGUUGUAGCGGUACGGCGUAUGAUCGGUGGGUUGAGCAGCACGGCGCAGAAAAUACCAAUAAAUCUGCACUAACCAAAAUGCAACAUCAGUACUGGGUAACAAAGGAAACGGUGUUUCGGAAACUGGGGAAAAAGGAAGACGAGUGUAUUGUUGCAUCAGAUGCAGAGUUAGACGCAAAGUUAGAAUUAUUCCGCUCCAUUCAAGAAAGCUGCCUUGUUCUUCAACGAAUCAUUGAUAGAUAUCAGGAGAGGCUGUGUACUUUAGCCCAAGAAGAGAACUCUAUGGGACGAUUCCUAAAGGAAGCCGGGAAAACCGAUAAAACCAGAGCUGGGAAAAUGAUGACUGCAGUUGGCAAAUCUCUUUCCUACUCAGGACAGCAGCGGCUAACCCUUAGGGUACCACUCUUACGUUUGUAUCAGGAAGUGGAGACAUUUAGACAUAGGGCCAUUGAAGAUACACUGCAAAAUGUGAAUGGAAUGGAAAAGGCAAGAACUGAAUAUCGAGCAUCUCUAAGCUGGAUGAAAAAUGUAUCACAGGAAUUGGAUCCUGAUACAUACAAGCAGUUGGAACGUUUCCGGAAGGUGCAGACACAAGUACGUCGAAGCAAGGUCCGUUUUGAUAAGUUAAAGCUGGAUUGCCUUCAAAAAGUUGAUCUUUUAGCUGCAGCACGAUGUAAUAUGUUUUCUCAUGCUUUGAUUCUGUAUCAAAAUUCAUUGCUUCAGUUUGCAGAGAAAACAUCUAAAACAUUCACCACCAUCUCCAAUAGCUUCAAAGGUUACCAGCAUUAUGACUUCUGUGUUGUAAAGGAAUUGACAGAACCAUCUUUAAAAUUAGCAGAACAGAUAUCGGGCUCAUCAGAGGACCAGCCAGUAGAGGAAGAAGAUAAAGACAAGUUACUAUUCUUUGAAUCAGAAUAUCAUGAUGCAGCAGAAAAUGCCUCCUCAGAUACGCCUGCUGACAAAAAUAAGUGUGAUCCACCACAGAAUAAGUCAGAGAGUUUGGAGAAUUUAUAUCCUCCGUCGCAACCUUUGAGCGCUGAAUACUCUCUUGUGGACUUGGACUUUGAAAAACCUGCCGCAGUUGCAGAACAUAUAUCAGCAAAUGCUGCAGGUACAGAUUUGUUGACCAACAGUGCUGAUGACAUUUUACUGCUUGAUGAGAUUUUUGGGGCAAGUGAUGGACAGAGCAGUUUCGGCUCCCAGUGGGAUGAAGUUUUUGGUGACAACCCACAAGAGGAUUCAUCAACAUCUUUCUUGCUGGAUCACUUAGCUUCGCUUCAGACUACAAAUGAUAAUGCUGAGGUUACCUCAAAUACAUCACUCAGUUCUCCAAAUAUGGCACUGGGCAAUGUGACAGAAAAUAAAACUGUAAGUUCCCCAGUUCAUGGCCCUAGCCGAGUUAAGGAAAAGGACAAGAAAGCUGCUUGGUUCAAUCUCUUUGCUGAACUGGAUCCUCUUGCUGAUCCAGAUGCCCUUGGUUCAAAGAAUACGGAUGGAGAACAUAACUGUUAAAAGACUGUCCAAGAGUGUCGUGUCUCAUUAUUAUUAUUAUUAUUAUUAUUAUUGUUAUUUUAUGAAGUAAUCCAAACAUUCCAUUAUGAUUUUUAUUACUAUUUCAGUGGUUUUGUAUGUGUGUUUACAUUUUUUGUUGAUGUUUUAUGAAAACCUAAAGAUCUCUACAGUACUUGUUAUUUUGUGCAGUACGAAUUUUUAACAGAGCACCCUUGAAAGUGUCUCUGGACUCCUAGUCAAUGCCCAACCAAAAUUUUUCUCUUCCCACCUCUGUUGUGGAGUUUAAUUUAAGUAAUAAUUUAGUUUUAUAGCACCAUUCACAAUGGCAAUUCGAAUAAUUGAAAUUGAAAUAGUUAUACCUUAUAAAUAUGCUUGUGUUUUAUUUAUCAUGUCGAGGAUAUUUCUGUGAAGAAUUGGAAAUCGACAGUAAACGUGAUGAAUUUUUGUUGUUGAGUGUUUUACCCAAAGAUUUUUUUUUUCAGUGCAACUGAGUAUAAUAAAAUUAUAUGUGACAAGUUCA